AUGUCCCAGCCAAUCGAUCUGGAACGAGGAGAGUCCCACUCGUCUCUAAACGACAUGGAGAAGGUCGCCCAGGUUCACACCUCGGGAGAUAACAACGAAUACAUUCAUAUUGCUGGUAACCGUUACCACAAGGAGGACUUCAUGCGAGCCUUCGGUGGUACUCUUAAUCCCGGUUCCGCUCCCAUGCCCUCUCGAAAGUUUGGUAAUGCUGCCCCCAUUGGUCUUUUUUCCUUCUCCAUUACCAUUUUCAUUCUUGGCAUGUGUCUUGUCAACGCUCGAGGAGUUCAUGCUCCUAACGUCAUGGUUGGAUGUGCCAUCUUUGGUGGAGGUCUCGUUGAGUUCACUGCUGGAAUCUGGGAAAUUGUCGCAGAGAACACCUUUGCUGCUACCGUCUUCAUGUGUUUUGCCUGCUUUUGGUGGUCCUGGGCCGUUCUUAACCUGCCCAUUGGAAUCGAGAAAUACUACGCUACCGAAGAAGAGUUCAUGCAGGCUGUGGGAAUCUUCCUCAUGGGCUGGUUCAUCUUUGCUAUUCUCAUGACUCUGUGCACAUUAAAAUCAACGGUGGCUUUCUUCAUUCUCUUUGUGUCUCUUGAUCUGGCUGUCAUCUUCCUCGCUGCCGGCUACUUCAACAACAACCCCAAGCUCCUCCAAGCCGGGGGUGGAUUCUGUAUCUCCACUGGUCUUCUUGGUUGCUGGAACGGUUUCUCAGGUGUUGCUACUCCUCAGUCCACUUACAAGUGGCUUAUCCCCAAGGCUAUUAUGAUGCCCGGUGCCCAUGCCUAA